AUGAGUGCAGAAGAACAAUUUGAAGCGUUUAAGAAAGCCUAUAAGAAAAAAUACGCCUCAACGACGGAGGAGUUAAGGCGAUUUGACAUAUUCAAGCAGAACCUGAUUGUAAUCGACAAACUCAUGGCUACAAAGAGAGGAAAUGUCGUUUUCGGUGUCGGGCCAUUCACGGAUUAUACCAAUGUUACUCCAAGCAUGGUUAAUUACAAAAAAUGUCACCGCCAAUCUUCAGAAUCCAAUAUCAAACCGAGAUGGCCAACGACGAGCUGGGAAAAGACGAUUUUAGAGACAGAGCUACGAUUUUGCUGUCAAGAAUGGAUGGACGAAAUGGGCAUCGUGAAGCUCAACCCCGUGCCCAACGAAAACCAACAGCUACAGCCGCGGAUGCUGAACGCUUUUUCCAAAAUGACGCUAUCCCGGAAGAGCAGCAGUAGGAGCAGCAGUAGGAGCAGCAAUAGGGGCGACAGAAGCAACAGAGGGAGCCGCUCACCCUCGCCGGCGCCCUCCGAACGGAGCUCUCGCGCGUCAGAGCGCUCGACACGGAGUUCACGAGGUCAAUCGGUUCCGCCAUCUUGGAGCCCGGGGCCUUUCGUAAGGAAAAUCGUGGGGCGCGACCCCCAGGGUGGCCCUACUCUCGAUUGGCGGGUCCCGGCUGCGUUCUACCCGCCGACUGAAUCUCAAAACCAGCACGGAAGGAAAUGUGGUGCAUGUUGGGCAUUUGCGGUCCUCGGUGCUGUGGAAAUCCUCUUGCCCAGAGUUCAAGGUUACAUAACUUCACUCUCGAAACAAGCUUUGAUCGACUGCGUUGUGACAAACGACGGCUGUAACGGUGGUGACAUGAGAGACGCCAUUGUCUAUAUGAUAAAGAUCGGAGUUCCGAGUGCUGUUUCCUACCCCUACAUGGCAAGGAACGGGAGAUGCAAAUCAUUUAUAGGGCCGUACAUGAAGCUCAAUUAUUACACCGAUGUCCCGGGAUCCAAUCAACUGGCGGAGCACUUGGAGCACAGUCCACUCCCGUCAAUUCUCUACGCACCAUUAGAACUCCAGCACUACGUUUCGGGGCUUUACGAUUCACCUGGUUGUACCAACGAAGUGAGCAAGAUCAAUCACGCUGGGGUCAUUGUUGGCCAAUAUACGGACGCCUGGAUUGUCCGGUUUAGUGUGGAAAGUGACUGGGGUUUACAGGGUCAUAUCCUGAUUGCCAAAGGAAGAUGCGGAUUGGGGCUUCAAAGUUUUGAAAUAAACUCUCCGUUCACGAUAUUGAGACGAAGUUAACCCCUUAAUACAGG